AUGCCGCACCCGCAAAAGGUGCCUUCGCUCACCGAGCAUCUCAGCCCUCGGGGCAGCAUCGACGUGGAGGCAGACAAGCACCCGACGACACACGACAGCUGGCAGGCCAUGCUCCGAUACGACGCAGCCCGGCGGCGGGAUUCCUCCACGUCCUAUGGCGGUGUCGGCCAGCACGUCGUGGGCUCUCCCGAGGUCCUUUCGCCCCGCAGUGAGGAGGAGCACCCGCAGCAGCAGCAGAGCAGUUCCGUCAUGAUGCGAAAGAUCUCCAAAGGACAAACGAGCCGCGCGAGCCUGCAUCUGGGCGACGAUCUGCCUCAUAUGCCCGAGCAGCUCCCUAGUGGCUUCAUUUCCCCGCCGCCUGUCUCAUCGCACUCGCCGCAACUAGCAGGAACAGGAGCAGGGGCGGGACCUGGUUCGCGGAGAGACUCGUUCAUGAGCGCAGGAGAGGCGACGCUUCGAUCAGCGCAAGCACCGAAAGUGAGCGGGAGCGCGCUAGACGACGCCGAAAAGACAGUGGACGACGAUGUGUACACCUCGCCGCCAGCCCUGUACCGGCAGUACACGCCGCCCGCGCUCAAGGGCAGCAAUGCCGUGCUCGUCGAUCGGGAGUUGGAGAGGCUGAGGGACAAAAAGGCAAAGGAGAUCAAGAUGAAGUGGCGCAUCAUCACGGGCUGCCUCAUGCUCUUGCUCUUUGGCUUCUCUGCCUACAUCCUCAUCGCAUACAUCCUCGCCUACCUCGCCCUCUCGCCCGCAAAUUGGUUCCUCUCCGAUGCACAGGACGGUACACAAACGAGUCCGGACCCGAUGCUGAGAUCGUUGGCGUUGGUCGGGGUGGCAGUACAGGCCCUCGCCGUCGCCGGCAUCGUUCUGUCAGGAUUCUACUUGCGCUUCUCGCGUCGACGGUCGUGCGGGACCUACACGGUCUGGAUCAUUGCCAUUCUCAGCACCACGCUCAAUGUUGCUCUCUCGGUGGCCAAUCUGUCCCUCAUCGCGCUCUGGCACAAAAAGUACUCAGAUACGCCCGAUGACCCCCUGGCAAAGACGCGCGACGUCUCGCAACGGUGCAACGGUGUAUGGGACAUGGACUUGCUCUGGUCCGCAGCAAAGGCCUCGCCCAUUGCGAAACCAACCGACGACGGAGCUGCGGCGUCGGCGUGCACCCACGAUGCUAGACGCACCCUACUCAUGUUCAUGAUCGCCGGUGGACUCCGGCUCGGCAUUCUUGUCUUUCUCUGCGCCGUGUGGAUGGCCUGCCUCGCCAGGUACAACCGCUCUUUGGCCAUCGUGGGCAUCGUCGAUCCCGACAUGAAAGAGAGCGCAGAGAUGCAGAAGCUGCUCAUGGAAGAGGGUGGCUAUUCCGGUCCUGAUCACCCAGUGAGCACCGUCGGUCGCAGCGGGGGCAAACACGAUGCGCUUCCUGCCAUGCCUAGCGAGCCGCGCGAUUCGCUGGUGGUGCCGGGCAGCUACGACUACGAAUACGACGACGAGAGGGUCACGCAUGCGUCGGAUGCUCAUCAUCAACCCAAAACAUACGGUGGUGGUGGCAGCGUCUAUGACGACGAGACACUGAGAGGCUCCCAAUCGCAUUUCCACUCCUCCCAGUCACGGAUGUCGCACGAGGCGCCGUCACUGCAGCAGUUUGCCUGGCAGCAGAACAAGGCCAGGGACCGUCACGACGAGGAAAUCUACACGUACGGCAACAUGCCACACCACCGACAUGAGCGCAGCGGAAGCGCUGGCGCGUGGUCGCAAGGUAUCCUUGACCGGCUGUGGACAGCCCUGUGGGGCGAAUCGUCUCCCGAGACCCACGGACCCCAGCAGGAGCAUAUGGGAGAUGAAAAGGGGACGCUGCUUGCUGCUCAGCAGCAGCAGCAGCAGCAGCAACAUCAGCAGCACCAGCGAGAAGACAGCCGUCUGGGAGUAGGUGGUUGGUUCCGGAGAGAACCCUCGGACAGCAACUGGCGAAUGCAAGGAAGCGAGACGGACGCGCGCGAUUGGAAGUUGAGGGAAGACUCCUCGCUGGACAUUCCCAACUACCAGCAGGAGGAGGCACACGCUUCUGCUCCGCCGCUCCCGCCCAAACAAGAGGAGGAACAGCGACACCAGAGGACAGCCUCGCAAGAGAAGAGGUCCCGAGAGGCUCGACACGCCGCGUCAUCGAGCCAGCGCCACGCCAACGGUGCGGCUGAACCAGGGGGUCUGACGUCCGGAAGCAGGAGUAGGUCCAACUCGAGGGAGAGGGCAGAACGGAGGCGGCGCGACCAGCAGGACCGCAUCGCCUUUCUGGCCUCGCUGGGCUACCAGUCCGGCGAAGGGGGCCAGACGACGCAGCAAGAGGCAAAUGCGCCACAGCAGCGCGUCGGAGACGACCUGCCUCCGAUGCCAAUGGCCAGAGGCACCGCUCAGCGUGAAGAGACGUCGCUGCACAAGGCUGCAGAUGGCGCUGGAGACGAAGACGACGACGAGGCCUUUUGGCGAGGGCCUGGCUCGUCUACCGCAGGCGAGAGCGAUCGCAACCUGCUCCAGCCCGUGAACCAGCCGGUGUUCGUCCGGACCCUUGGCAAGCUCGUCCGCAAGCUCAGUGCAAUCGAAAGCGUUGGAAGCGGCGAGGGCAGGAGGAGUGCGAGUGGAACAACAUCCCAGCACCACCACAGCGGCAAUCAUGCCUCAUCGUCCUCGUCGCACUACCGGAGCGGCAGCAGGGCGGGCCAGCGGAGCUUCGAGGGCGUCGCCAUGGCAGGCAGGGAGAUGGGCACCGUGAACGAGAAUGACUGGUGA